UCGCUCGUCUUUCACACUUGAGGUCAAUGUGAAACCCUUUGUAAAGGUGAACACAUGUGAAUGUUUGAAGCCUCUAGUCUCUUUUGAGGUUUCCUCAGUAGGAGUGAGACAUUUCAGGAGCGUCAGCGUGGUCUGUCCUCCGGCUAACGACGUCAACUGCUGGCCUGCAGGAGCCCCUGGGCGUGGCUCCGGGCGGCUCCGCUCCCGGGGUCCUUGGUGAUGUGGGGGCAGCCGCAGGCGCCGUGGGGCGGGCCCGAGGGUUCACUGCUUCAGCUCUGGCCCGACAGGAAGGAAAGAGAAAUGCGUCAGUUGUUCCAACAUGAACAAAAAUUGACUUCCUUCUCUCCAGGACAGGCGGCCCUGUCUCCUGUGAAGCCGAUGCAAAGGUAAAUGACUUAAUCGCUCCAAGCCUCGCCCUCCUCAUCUGUAAAAUGGGCGUACUUACUUCACAAUGUUGCAGCGAAGACUGAGGUCAUGUACGCAGAGUCCUCGUCAGACUGACCCAGAAGACUCCAAGCCUUGGGGAACUAAGAUCUGUGAGUUCCAUCUGUUCAUCCAGAAACUGGGGAGCAACGAGGAUUGAAGCUUUACACCAGUCAUACAGUGAACACCAGCCAGCCUGGACUAGAGCCCAGAGUCCUUGUUGCUUUGUCCUUUUCCCGCCUUCUGGAUUGGAAGCCUUUUGAGGGCAGGCACUGGCAUUGAGCUGGCUGGGCUUUUAAUGACCAUUACUGCUGACCCGAAGGCAUUGGAGGGGAAGGUUAGCUUCUGAAUGUCCUCGAAACUCUUCUAACUGCCAUUUCUAAGUUCCCUCGGAUUGGGGCUCACUUCUGCUUUGCAGAAAUUAUCUGCUUGGAGCCGUGCCUGAUUUAUAACAAUCUCUGGCAAAACCUCAGAAAAGAGAUAUGCUUUUGGGUUAGACGGACAUCAGAAGCAGCGGUAGGGCCCGGUGGAAAAGCUCCCCGGGUGGCGUGAGGCUCUGGGAGCCACGAGUCCGGCUGAGGGGCAGACUCUUGGGGCUUUCUUCUUCUGAGGAGUGUGACGCAGUUAAAAAGGGGGAAAAAAAGAGCCACGAGCGAGACAGUCGCCAAUGAAAUAGGAGAAGGAGCACUUUCAAGCACGUGGGGCUCUCCUGGGCGCUCUGAGCUCACGCACAGCACAGGGGUGCUCGGUUGGAGUGACACUCAACGCGGGGCUACGCACGACAGAAGGAAUGGCCCGGGAAGUCAGCCUAAAUUCCCUCCAGGACUUGGAACGCGAGGUCAUCCUCCAGGUCCUGUACCGAGACCAGGCGGUUCAAAACAUCGAGGAAGAAAGGAUCCGGAAACUGAAGACACACUUGCAGCAUCUCCGGUGGAGAGGAGCAAAGAGCACGAGCCAGGAGUACAAAGAGAAGUCGUGUGCACGCUGCCAGCGCGAGCUGGGGCUUCUGCUGAACCGGGGGGCCGUGUGCAAGGGCUGCAGCCACCGCGUGUGCUCUGAGUGCCGAGUGUUCCUGAGGAAGACCAGCGCCUGGAAGUGCACCGUGUGCUUCGAGGACAGAAAUGUGAAAAUAAAAACGGGAGAAUGGUUCUUUGAGGAACGAGCCAAGAAAUUUCCAACUGAAGGCAAACACGGGACGGCUGGAGCUAAGCUCUUGCAAUCUUAUCAGCAGCUGAGCAAAAUUUCAGUGGUUCCUCCUACCCCACCUCCUCUGAGCGAAAGCCAGUGCAGUCACAGCUCUCACAGGUUACAGGAACUUGGUCAGUUUAAAGGAUUUAAUAAAUCCGUGGAAAAUUUGUUUCUGUCUGUUACCACCCACAUGAAAAAGCUUUCCAAGUCCCAGAAUGACAUGACCUCUGACAAGCAACUCCUAGCCACGGGUCCCAGGCAGUGUGCUAGCCGGACGGAGAGGAGGAGCCAGUCUGACACUGCCAUCAACGUCACCUCCAGGAAGGCAAGCACGCCGGAUAUUCUGAAACCUCUCAAUCAAGAGAGUCCCAAACGCCUUACUAACCCUGUCUUGAAGCAAGAGGAUCUCUCAUCCGGGCCAACGCCCAGCGCUUUAUUCUCAGGAGGCUUGAGACACGCAAGUCUAAUUAGCCUUAACAGCACUUGCACGGAGAUGGGCAGUUUUGACAAUGCUAAUGUCACUGGAGAAAUAGAGUUUGCCAUUCGCUAUUGCUUCAAAACCCGUUCUUUAGAAAUAUGCAUCAAAGCCUGUAAGAAUCUUGCCUAUGGAGAGGAAAAGAAGAGGAAGUGCAAUCCGUACGUAAAGACCUAUCUGCUACCUGACAGAUCCUCCCAGGGAAAACGCAAGACGGGAGUCCAAAGGAACACAGUGGACCCAACCUUUCAGGAGACCUUGAAGUACCAGGUGGAGCCCAGCCAGCUGGGGACCCGGUGCCUGCAGGUGUCUGUGUGGCACCUGGGCACGCUCACCCGGAGGGUGUUCCUUGGCGAGGUGACCAUCCCUCUGGCCACAUGGGACUUCGAAGACAGCACAACACAGUGUUUCUGCUGGUAUCCACUGAGGGCCAAGGCAGAGAAACUUGAAGACAGCAUUCUUUCCAAUAAUGGAGAACUUGCAGUCCGGGCCAAACUGGUCUUCCCUGCAGGGCCCAGAAAGCUCCAGGAGGCCCAAGAAGGGUCAGAUUGGCCAUCCCCUAAUGGUCAGCUUUGUUUGGUCGUGCUGGGAGCCAAGAAUUUGCCGGUGCGGUCAGAUGGUACCCUAAACUCAUUUGUUAAGGGCUGUCUCACUCUGCCAGACCAACACAAACUGAAACUGAAGUCCCCAGUUGCGAAGAAGCAAGCUUGUCCCCAGUGGAAGCACUCCUUUGUGUUCAAUGGCGUGAGCCCUUCCCAGCUGAGACAGUCAAGCCUGGAAUUAACCGUCUGGGACCAGGCCAUCUUCGGUGUGAACGACCGCUUGCUGGGGGAAGCCAGGCUUAGUUCUAAGGAAGACACGGCUGGUGGUGAGGACUCAGAGUCAGAGCGUCGAUGGCAGAAAGUUCUUUCUAGCCCCAAUCUGUGGACAGACAUGACACUCAUCCUGCACUGAAGCCAGGCUUCCAGUGUGCGGCGGGAGGUUUGAGUGCCGCGGGCCUGAAGGUUAGCUAAGACGCGGGCGUGGACCCUCGCCGUCUGCAGCUCUGUCACGGGGCCUGGCCAUUCUUCCACGUCCCUCUGUGUGUCUUUACAUCAGAGCACUUGCUGAUAUAUUAAGUCUCAGUUUGGUUUGUGCUCUGACGUGUGGAAAAUGGCCGGAUUUCAAUAAAUGUUCGUUACCUCUGUCCUCCAGUGCUUACCAAACAGUGAAAAUUACGGCCUCGUUCCAGGCAUGUGGAGGACAACUAGAGGAGCCUGGUAGGAAUCUGGUCCCUCCCCUUCUACUUUCUGGAGGGACUCCCCUUUCGGGGCGGUCAACGCCCACCCCCGACACACGUAAGCACACACCCACUGCCACCUCUUGCCUCGCGCAGCUUUUAUUUCCAAAUCUGCGGUGCGGGGCUCAUCUGCACGUGGCUCUUAACCGCAAAGGAAAAGGACACAGCCAAGCAGGAAGAGGAGCCGGUGGCACGCGAGAGCGGACAUGGACAGGUUUUCAAGGAUACGGGAGAGAACUGGCGAGGUCAGAAGAGGUUCUUGUGGAAACAGACAAUACCAGGUGGGAAGAGCCCCUUCACAGCUGGAGUCUGGAUGAUCCAAACAGCAUAGGUGUCUUUUUCAAACAAGAAGCUCCGAUAGAAAACGGAAAUGUGCAACACAUGCACGAGGGACACUCGGAGCAGAAAGUCAUUUUUACAGAUGGGAUUACAGCAGUUAAUCCUCCACCUCCCGCCCUCACGCCACAGCAAGU